AUGUUAAAACUCUUAGCAUAUUAUAAUAAGGAUGUACAUGAUGUUGUUAUGGGUAAUGCUCCUCAAAAUGCUAAAUAUACAUCUCCUGCUAUUCAAAAAGAGAUUUUACAAGUCUUCGCUGAUAAGGUGCAAAAAACCAUUCGUGAGGAGAUUGGUGAUUCAAAGUUUUGUGUAAUUGUUGAUGAAUCUCGAGACAUAUCUAAAAGAGAACAAAUGGCAAUUGUAAUAAGAUUUAUCGAUAGAAAUGGGUUCUUACUCGAGCGUUUUUUUGAGCUAGUACAUGUUAAAGAUACAACCUCCAAGACUUUGAAGGAAGAAAUUUCUAUAGUAUUAUCAAAUCACGAGUUGAGCAUUCAAAAUCUUAGAGGUCAAGGUUAUGACGGUGCUAGUAAUAUGCGAGGAGAAUGGAAUGGUUUACGAGCUUUAUUCAUGAGAGAUUGUCCUUAUGCGUAUUAUGUACACUGUCUAGCACAUCAAUUAGAAUUGGCUCUUAUUGCUGCAGCAAGAGAAGUAGGUGAGGUCCAUGAUUUUUUCAAAGAUUUGAUUUUUAUUGUUAACACUGUAAGCUCUUCUACUAACCGUCAUGAUGAAUUGCAAGCUAGCCAAAUAGCAGAAUUGGAGCAUUUAAUUGAGAUCGAGGAGGUUGAAACAGGGAAAGGAUUGAAUCAAAUUGGUACUCUCCAACGUCCUGGGGAUACUAGGUGGAGCUCUCAUUUCAAGUCAAUUUGUAGUUUGUUAAGAAUGUUCAACGCAACUCGCUCAGUCCUUGAGAAAAUAGCCAUUGAUAGCCAACAAUCAUAUGCUCAACGCGGAGAUGCUAAAUCUGCUCUUAAAAAGUUGUUGUCAUUUGAUUUUGUGUUUAUUUUACAUUUGAUGGAAGAUAUUAUGGGGUUUACUGAUGGACUUUGUCGGGCUUUGCAACAUAAAUCACAAGACAUUUUAAACGCUAUGCAUUUAGUUGUUGGUACAAAGUCCUUGAUUCAAAAGCUUAGAGAUGAUGGUUGGGAAUUGCUAUUACAAAAAGUUCAUUCUUUUUGCAACAAGCAUGGUACUGAAAUCAUAGAUAUGCAGGUUUCUUAUGCUGAGAUAAUUCGAACACGUCGCAACAAAGACACUAUAACAGUGGAGCAUCAUUAUCGGGUCAACGUGUUUUCUGCAACCAUAGAUCAACAGUUGCAAGAGCUAAAUAGUCGUUUCAGUGAGCAAACAACGGAGUUACUUACUUUAAGUGAAUCUUUGAGUCCUAUUGAUGGAUACAAGCACUUUGAUGUGGAAAAUAUUUGUCGCCUUGCAGAGAAAUACUAUCCGCAGGACUUUUCAGAAAAUGAGAUAUCACAUUUGAAGUAUCAACUUGAACUCUUUUAUUGUGAUGUUCCUAAGCAUUCGGAUAUGAAGAACUUGAGUACCAUAACUGCUUUGUGUAGAAGUUUGGUGGAGAAUAGGAAAUCAGAUGUCUAUCCUUUAGUAGAUAGAUUGAUUCGACUUAUUUUGACCCUUCCUGUUAGCACAGCAACUUCAGAGAGAGCUUUCUCGGCAAUGAAAAUUGUGAAGAUUAGUCUUCGAACAAGAUGGAAGAUGAUUUUCUUUCGGAUUACUUGCUAG